AAUCCGGAAGUAGAGGCCGCGCGCAGGAAAACGCCUUGAGAAGGCCUGAACUGAAGGCUGCUCUCGCUCAGGCUCUGCCCACUCCACCCUCUCAGGCCGCCCGACAACGACUGGAACCUCGCUAAGCUUCGCUGCUGAAGUGUACACCGACGCGGAAGCGCUGAGCAGGCCGCGCUGAGACUGCCUUUGGCAAAGGAGAGGGGCGAGCAGGCGGAGGCUGGGGGGGGGGGACGACGCGGUGACAGCGGCCUUCGAGAGGGGGCGUGCCUAAAGAGAUGAAGAUUAUUAAACAUUCUGAGGAGGUGCUGAAGAUAGCCCUGAUUUCCAAGGACAUGCAUCUUGUAAGACUAUAUGAGAAGUUUGAGCCUAAGGAAAAGCAUUUCCUAAAUGAAGCAUUUCAGCCAGCCAGUGUUCUCUUUAAGCCUAUCACUCUGCAUUCUGAGUCGGAUUGGAUCUGUUCACACCCAGAACCCACCCAGGAUUUUGCACAAUUUUAUCAUGACCCUUGCAGAAAGAUGCCAACUCCUCAGAAGAAUCGGAUUUAUGUACAGCCCAUUGGCUCUUUCGGAGAUUCCAGAGUUAGCACAGAUGUCUACAUGAAAUGGCUGAAAGAUUACGGUGAAGCCUUUUAUUAUGGCCUGACUGUAAGAAUCCUAGGGCCAGUGCCAGUUUCCCACACAGGUUGUGCUUUUCGAGUCAAUGAAUACACACGCAAUUUGCAGAUUCAUGCAGGGCAUCUCUUGAAUUACCUAAAGAAACAAAAGCCAAGUGAUGCUUUUUGCAUUGUGGGAAUAAUGAUGAUAGAUCUUUACCCAAAGGACUCUUGGAAUUUCAUAUUUGGGCAAGCCUCUUUGACUGAAGGAAUGGGAAUUUUCAGCUUUGCCAGAUAUGACAGUGAAUUUUACAGUGCAAACUACAAAGGCACAUUGAAGACUGCAAAGAAGCUUCUUCCAUCUGACUAUUCUGUGUUUGAUGGUUACUAUACCCCUGAGAUCACAAGCAAGCUGCUUCUGAGGUCCUGCAAAACCCUGACUCAUGAGAUUGGACACAUCUUUGGACUUCAUCACUGCCAGUGGUUACAGUGUGUCAUGCAGGGGUCCAAUCAUUUGGAGGAAUCGGACCAACGCCCAUUGGACCUUUGCCCCAUUUGCCUGCGCAAGCUGCAGUCCGCCCUUGGCUUCAGCAUUGCGGAAAGAUAUAAGGCACUGCAGAGGUGGAUGGAGGAAGAAGCUACUGGAACAGAAGAAGGGCUCAGCAACGAAGCAAGCAUGUCUUUUGUGAAGAGUGUCUCUGCCUUUGGUUUGACCGGGAGAAGUCCUGCCCGCUCUGCACGCUGUGGCUGUGGCAAGCCUGCGGUGUUGGAAGGAUGGAACCGCAGUGAUCGACUGGGUAUAUAAGGGAAUAUCCCUUCCUCCAUCUGGAGCAAAAACCAAGUUGAAGAUGUGUCCUGCCCUAGGUGACAACCUGAGACAGCCUCACAGUCGUCAUGGAGGCCAUGAAGUCCUGAGCCGGAACACUAGAGGCAGCCUCAGCAUGGACAUUGUAAUCACCCAGGACUAUCGUUCUGGGCUCCUCCAGUACCACAACCAAGACGGCCUCUGCCUGCUUUGUCAGAGAAGCUGCUGGGUAGCAGGGUGGACGGUACACCAGCAGCAACCCUAGUUUCCUGUCUCCUUGGCCUGACACCAGGUGCAGGCCUUCGUAGCCAGCUCCAAGACAGAGUGGUUUCCUGGUGACAGAGAUGGAAGUUCUGUAGACCACAGCAAACAAGUGAGCCUUUAAAUCUUUACCCCAUCAAUUAAAACUAUCCCCACUAAUUAAUCAAUUACAGUUUUGUUUUAUCUGAUUUAAGUUUGCAGCUCUGCUAAUAG